AUGGAGCCACAUAUGAUUCAGAAUGUAGAAGCUCAAAAUUCAGCUUCAAAAAGGCUAGUAGGUAAGGUGGCAGUUAUAACAGGUGGUGCAAGAGGAAUUGGUGCAGCCACAGCAAAAUUAUUUGCCGAAAAUGGAGCACAUGUCAUCAUUGCUGAUGUUCUAGAUGAAGAAGGAACAAAAGUUGCUGAAUUAAUUGAUGGACUCUACAUACAUUGUGAUGUGUCCAAAGAAUCUGACAUUGAAUCAGCAAUAAAUCUUUCAAUGUCAUGGAAAGGUCAAUUAGACAUAAUGUUCAACAAUGCAGGAAUUGCAGGUAGAGUUGUUAGUGGAAUGAGUCAUAUCUUCAUUAGGGUUUAUCUGUUGGUGAACAUUACAGACAUGAGAGUGUGUUCUUUUCAAGGCUUUGAAGGAAGAAGCAUAACAACACUUGACAUGGAAAAGCUAACUCAUUUACUUUCAAUCAAUCUCUUUGGAACAAUCCAUGGAAUCAAACAUGCAGCAAAAGCAAUGAUCAAAGGAAAAAAAGGAGGCUCAAUCAUUUGCACCUCAAGUGCAGCUGCCACUAUAGGUGGAUUUGCUUCACAUGCAUACACAAUGUCAAAAUCAGCCAUGGAUGGACUAAUGAGAAGCGCGGCGUGCGAACUAGGCGUCCAUUUGAUUCGCGUUAACUGCGUUUCACCGCACGGCGUUCCGUCCGAGAUGCUCUUGAAUGCUUUUAAGUGUUUUGGUGAGGUUGAUAUGACUAGUGAACAAUUGAGUGAGUUUAUUGGUAUGAAUGCAAGUUUGCUUAAAGGGAGAGGUGCAACAACUAAUGAUGUUGCACAAGCUGUUUUGUUUUUGGCUAGUGAUGAGUCUGGAUUUGUAACUGCUCAUAAUCUUUCUGUUGAUGGUGGAAUCACUUCUGGAAAUAGUGUUAUGAGUUUUAUAUAUCAAGAUCCUAAGUGA